UUCACCCUAACAACGGCCGCGCUGAACAAGAUGGCCGAGCGUCGGCUAGCGAGAGGCUGAGAAGACAGCAAUUUAAUCCCGUUUUCAGUCAGGGAAACAGCUGUUUAUAGCCGAGAACUCAGUUUACUACCAGGAAAAUAAACGCUCUCUCGUUAUGCUUAUACGUGCGUGUAUGCAGGGCUUAUUUCGUAUAUGAAGCGAAGAGGGUGUCCACCCAGCAUCACCCUGUGAUAAAGUCCUAUUAAUAGUUAUUUUUCCUCUUACCUGAAGAGACACGGAGACGAAGACCAGUAGCUUGUAUAACCGCAGAAAGAGAUGUCACUGCUGUGUGUUGGAGUUAAGAAAGCCAAGCUAGAUGGACCACAAGAGAAAUUCAACACCUAUGUGACACUUAAGGUGCAGAAUGUGAAGAGCACCACCAUUGCUGUGCGAGGCAGUCAGCCAUGUUGGGAACAGGACUUCAUGUUUGAGAUUAACAGGCUGGAUCUGGGACUGACAGUGGAGGUUUGGAACAAAGGCCUGAUCUGGGACACCAUGGUGGGCACCCUGUGGAUCCCUUUGCGCAACAUUCGCCAGUCCAAUGAGGAAGGACCAGGGCAAUGGCUGACUUUAGACUCUCAGGUCAUCAUGACUGAAAAUGAGAUUUGUGGCACAAAAGACCCGACGUUUCACCGUGUGCUUCUGGACACCCGCUUUGAGCUACCUUUAGACAUUCCAGAGGAGGAGGCUCGCUACUGGGCCAAGAAACUGGAGCAGCUAAAUGCCAUGAGGGACCAAGAUUAUUCCUACCAGGAGGAGCAUGAGAGACCUCUUCCAGUGCCAUCAACACAGUGCUGUAACUGGAGCCUAUGGGGGGACCAGCAAAAUGAAGAUCCAGACAGCGCAGUAGAUGAUAGAGACAGCGAUUACCGCAGUGAGACAAGCAACAGCAUCCCUCCUCCGUACUACACCACAUCCCAGCCCAAUGCCUCAAUGCAUCAAUACCCCAUCCGACACAUGCACCACAGUUCCCGCUAUGACGACAUGCAUGACUAUGACUACGAUAAUCAGAGAGCCAUGAGACGCUAUGAUAGUUUAGACUCCGCCACCAACGGCCGCAGUGAUCUCGAUUCGGCCUCCGGCUCAAGCAGGCGGACGAGCCGCCAGUACUCCUUAGACAGUAGGCACUCGCUGUCCGAUAGCCCCACCGGCUCCAGCCGCUAUGCCUCAUCGGGUGAGCUGAGCCGUGGCAGCUCCCAACUGAGUGAGGAGUUCGGCCCCGAGGAUGGUGAGAGCUUCCGUGGUUCUGGAGAGUUCUACGAUGAGAACGAUUCCUACCACUCCUGCCACUCCUCAGUUAGCUACGGCAAAGACUCACCUGGCUGGGACCCAGAUGAGCCUCAGGGCGUCUACAGUGAUGAGGGCAGCUACAUCAAAGACGGUGGGGAAGAAGGCGCUCUGUACGAAGAUGAAGAUGGAGAAAUCUAUGAGCAGGAGGAAGGGGAUUACCCCUAUGAGGCAGAGGAGGAGGGAAUGGUCUAUGAGGAGGAUGAAGAGUACCCUCUGGACGGCACGCUCAGCGAGGACCAAGAGCCGCCCUACACGCCCACCCCGACCAGCGCAGCUCCUUUGUUGGCUCCAGAGAUCUCCAGUAGCCGGCCUCCACUAGAGAAGCAGACAUCUCUGCACCAGCAGCAUCCCCCACAAGCCCAGCCACCGUUCCAGCCCACAGAGCUUCACACAGAGGCUGUACCAAAGCAGCAGAGCUUCGAAGAUUUCAGCAAACCCCCCAGCCCACUCCUGGACUCCAAGCAGGAACCCUUUGCCCCUCCUGCAGCAAUACCAGAGACACCUCCAGCAAAGCCCAGGGAGGAGCACCAUCCUCCAGCUGAGCCUUCAGCCACUGAGCACCCACCUGAAGCCCUACCUGAGAAAACCGAGGCUCCCCCAGAAAGUGUGCCGAGGCAUGAUGAGCUGGUGGACCCUGCCGAGAGGGCCAAAGCUAACUGGCUGCGACUCUUCAACAGGGUGCGCCUUCAACUGCAGGAGGCCCGGGGCGAAACUCCUGGACUGGCAUCACUGUUUCUACAAGCUGGGCCUGGAGGAGCUCUGUACAGCAUAGACAGCAUGCCUGACCUGCGCAAACGAAAGGCCAUCCCGCUAGUCCGAGACUUGGCAAUGUCCCUCGUUCAGAACUCUCGCAAGGCUGGAAUCACCUCAGCGAUGGCGUCCAGCACUCUCAACAAUGAAGAGCUGAAGAGUCAUGUGUAUAAGAAGACCCUCCAGGCUCUUAUCUAUCCCAUCUCCUGCACUACACCCCAUAACUUUGAGGUGUGGACAGCCACUACACCCACCUACUGCUACGAGUGUGAGGGGCUGCUAUGGGGAAUUGCACGGCAGGGCAUGCGCUGUACCGAGUGUGGGGUUAAAUGCCAUGAGAAGUGCCAGGACCUGCUGAAUGCUGACUGUUUGCAGAGAGCAGCAGAGAAGAGUUCUAAGCAUGGUGCAGAGGACCGCACACAGAACAUCAUUAUGGUGCUGAAGGACCGCAUGAAGAUCCGAGAAAGAAACAAGCCAGAGAUCUUCGAGCUCAUCCAGGAUGUGUUUGGAGUAAUUAAGGCCACUCAUGUCGCAACAAUGAAGCAGGUCAAACAAAGUGUUCUGGAUGGAACAUCCAAGUGGUCAGCCAAGAUCAGCAUUACAGUGUUAUGUGCCCAGGGCCUCCAGGCCAAGGAUAAGACUGGCUCCAGUGACCCCUACGUUACAGUGCAAGUGGGCAAAACCAAGAAAAGGACUAAGACCAUCUACGGCAACCUUAACCCUGUGUGGGAUGAGUCCUUCAAUUUUGAGUGCCACAACUCCUCGGAUCGAAUCAAAGUGCGAGUGUGGGAUGAGGACGAUGACAUAAAAUCACGUGUGAAGCAGAAGUUCAAGCGAGAGUCGGAUGACUUUCUAGGGCAGACUAUCAUCGAGGUGCGAACACUGAGCGGAGAGAUGGAUGUCUGGUACAAUCUGGACAAGCGUACGGACAAGUCUGCUGUGUCAGGAGCCAUCCGCAUGCACAUUAGCGUGGAGAUCAAAGGAGAGGAGACAGUAGCCCCUUACCAUGUCCAGUACACCUGUCUUCAUGAGAACCUCUUCCACUAUGUGACAGACCUCCAGAAUAAUGGAGUGGUGAAGAUUCCAGAUGCUAAAGGGGACGAUGCCUGGAAGGUCUACUUCGAAGAGACACCGCAGGAGAUUGUGGAUGAAUUUGCUAUGCGUUAUGGAGUGGAAUCAAUUUACCAAGCCAUGACACACUUCGCUUGUUUGUCAUCUAAGUACAUGUGCCCUGGAGUUCCUGCUGUGAUGAGCACUCUGUUGGCUAACAUAAAUGCCUACUACGCCCACACCACUCAGGCCACCAACAACGUCUCUGCCUCUGAUCGCUUUGCUGCCUCCAACUUUGGGAAAGAGCGCUUUGUCAAGCUUCUGGACCAGCUACAUAAUUCAUUGAGGAUUGAUCUCUCCAUGUACAGGAAUAAUUUCCCAGCCAGCAGCCCUGAGAGACUGCAGGACCUCAAGUCCACUGUGGACCUACUGACCAGUAUUACUUUCUUCAGGAUGAAGGUCCAAGAGCUACAGAGCCCACCUCGUGCUAGCCAGGUCGUGAAAGACUGCGUGAAGGCCUGUCUCAACUCCACCUAUGAGUACAUCUUCAAUAAUUGCCAUGAGCUCUACAGCCGCGAAUACCAGACUGACCCGUCAAAGAAAGGUGAAGUUCCUCCAGAGGAGCAGGGUCCAAGCAUCAAGAACUUGGACUUCUGGUCCAAACUGAUCACUCUCAUUGUGUCCAUCAUUGAGGAGGACAAGAACUCUUACACCCCUUGCCUUAACCAGUUUCCCCAGGAGCUGAAUGUUGGGAAGAUAAGUGCAGAAGUCAUGUGGAAUCUGUUUGCCCAGGACAUGAAAUAUGCCAUGGAGGAGCAUGAAAAGAACCGCCUGUGUAAGAGUGCUGAUUACAUGAACCUGCACUUCAAAGUGAAGUGGCUCUACAAUGAGUACUGCAAAGACCUGCCUUUCUUCAAGAGCCGAGUGCCAGAGUACCCAGCGUGGUUUGAGCCUUUUGUCAUCCAGUGGCUAGAUGAGAAUGAGGAAGUUUCUCGUGACUUUCUGCAUGGAGCUCUGGAAAGGGACAAAAAAGAUGGAUACCAGCAGACUUCUGAGCAUGCUCUUUUCUCCUGCUCAGUCGUGGAUGUCUUUUCCCAGCUCAACCAGAGCUUUGAGAUCAUUAAAAAGUUGGAAUGCCCUGACCCACAGAUUGUGGGCCACUACAUGAAGAGAUUUGCAAAGACAAUAAGCAACGUUCUGCUCUCUUAUGCUGAUAUAAUUUCCAGGGACUUCCCCAAUCACUGCACCAAGGAGAAAGUGAAUGCGAAAGAUGGUGCUAUAAAGCCUUGUAUCCUGAUCAACAACAUCCAGCAGCUUCGAGUUCAGCUGGAGAAAAUGUUUGAGGCCAUGGGGGGCAAAGAUCUGAAUGUUGAGGCCAGUGACAUCCUGAAAGAGUUGCAGGUGAAGCUAAACAAUGUGUUGGAUGACCUGGCAAGGAUCUUUGCAACCAGUUUCCAACCCAACAUAGAGGAGAACGUGAAGCAGAUGGGAGAUAUUCUGAGCCAAGUGAAAGGCACGGGCAAUGUUCCAGCUAGCGCAUGCAGCAGUGUGGCACAGGAUGCAGACAACGUGCUGCAGCCUAUCAUGGACUUCCUGGACAGCAACCUUUCACUGUUUGCUAAGAUAUGCGAAAAGACUGUUCUGAAGCGGGUGCUGAAGGAGCUCUGGAAGCUUGUUAUGAACACCAUGGAGAAGACCAUUGUUUUGCCACCUCUAACUGACCAAACGAUGAUAGGCAGGGUGAAGCUUGCUUGUCACAGUGAUGGUACGCAGCUGAUCUUCAAUGCAGCUAAGGAGCUUGGCCAGCUUUCCAAGCUGAAGGAGCACAUGGUGCGUGAGGAGGCCAAGGCCUUAUCACCCAAGCAAUGUGCAGUUAUCGAGUUGGCACUGGAUACCAUCAAGCAAUAUUUCCAUGCCGGAGGAGUGGGACUGAAGAAAACCUUCCUGGAGAAGAGUCCUGACCUGCAGUCUCUCCACUAUGCCCUGUCCCUCUACACACAGGCCACUGACAAGCUUAUCAAGACCUUUGUCCAGUCACAGAAUGCACAGGUCCAUGGAGGGAAGGGGGUGAGGUUCACCCAUAGCGAGGAUGUGUACCCCGAAAAGGGCUCCGGUGUGGAGGAUGCAGUGGGAGAGGUGUCCAUCCAUGUGGAGAUCUUUACUCAUCCCAACACUGGUGAACACAAGGUUACAGUGAAAGUGGUGGCUGCAAAUGAUCUGCGGUGGCAGACAUCAGGAAUAUUCCGGCCCUUUGUGGAGGUCUACAUCAUCGGCCCCCACCUGAGUGAUAAGAAGAGGAAGUACGCCACCAAAUCAAAGAACAACAGCUGGGCCCCCAAAUACAAUGAAACAUUCACAUUCACGCUGAGCAACGAGGUGGGUCCAGAGUGUUAUGAGCUGCAGGUGUGUGUGAAGGACUACUGCUUCGCGCGAGAGGACCGGACGGUGGGCAUGGCUGUGCUGCAGCUGAAAGAUGUUGCGGCACGGGGCAGCGUGGCCUGCUGGCUUCCGCUGGGCAAACGCAUCCACAUGGACGAGACGGGCCUGACUGUGCUGCGCAUCCUCUCACAGCGCAACAACGACGAUGUGGCUAAGGAGUUUGUCAAGCUCAAGUCUGACCAGCGCUCGGCUGAGGAGGGCCGAGGUAGUUAAGAGCAGGUGCCAGUUAGGGAAAGGAAGCUUUGCGGCGUUGUGAAAUCACUGCCCACCUCUUCUUUCUUGAAGUGUUGCACUAACACAGACACCUAAAUGCACACAAACACACUACACAGAGCAGAGUACACUCUACCACCCCAACAAGGACCAAAAAUCAUUUCGUCCGUUGGAUAGUAAUGCCUAGGACACUGCCAUAACCUGCCAUGAGGCUUGUCUGACAAGCACAGUUUGGCACCUAAAAUGAUACAGGCAUAAAGCCUUGUAUCUCUUUAAUACUUGAUGUUUGUGAUGUCUUUGAUUUUUAAAGUUAUCAUAUUAUACAAAACCUCAUUGUUGAAAGAUAUUUAAAGAAUAACAUUUAUCUAGUCAUUCAUACAUAUAAUAAAUAUAUUAACAUUGCAGAUAUUCUAUCAAUAUAAAAAAAAAAGAUACAGUUGUCUAACUUCAUACUGAAAGACAUAUAUAUGGAUCUUUAGAUUCUUUUUCCAAGUGCAUUUGGGAAGAGUUGGAAGCAGAGAUAUGACAGUCUGAGUGAAAGCAGGGUUGCUACAUGUCGUGCCAUUGAUGCCUCCCACCUCCCCUUUCCACAUCCCUCUUCCCUAACGUCUGUUAAUGAUGUCUGAGACUCUAUGGAAACCUCUUCUGUAACUGCCUUGUUCAUUUUGUCAAUCAUUCGUGAACCUCCUCAUGGGUGAUCUAUGUCAGGGUAUUUCUCUUUUGCUCUCAGUGUGAUGUCCUUCUCCUCUACUACUGAAAGGCACACUCUUUCUUAGGGCCAAAACCUCCUGUGGUUCAGCUUUUGGAAAAUUAUGCAAACUUUUAGAUUAAGCACAAGUAGACUAUUAUCAAAUGAUACACUGGCUUGCAGUGCACAUACUGUGGACCAAAUACAUCUCACAAAGGAGACUACAUUUCUUUUACACCCCUCAUGUAAUGAUGUGAAUGGAAAGAUGGUAGUGACUUGGCUGUUCUCAGUAAUAUCAGAGAAUGUGUAAUCUAGGUGUGUCGAAUAGUAUAAAGUACCAUCUCUGAUUUGUGUUUCACUUAAAAUGCUAAUAUACAGUACUGUACAAAAGUCAGAGACCACCCUUUAUUCAUUUGUCUGUCAAAACAGCCUUUAAGUUCAAACUAUUAAUUUUUUGGCGUGGGGAUAAAAGCAGAAAACAUAUUUAGCAGAAAAUUAUGCAGAAGCCUCAAAAACGAAGUGUAAUAGCAUGUUUCAGGAUUUAGUAUCCAAUUUUUGCUUUUUUACAGCUUAUAUUCGUUUCAUGAGAUUUGCUUUCAGUUUUUUAAAGAAAUCUGCAGGGAUAUUUUUCCACACCUCUGAAGUUCAGCCUUCGAAGUUGGUUGCAUUUUCUGCUUCUCACAUUCGAAAUAAUCUCCAACACGGACUCUGGAGUGGUCAGUCCAUUGUUAAGAGAAUACCAACAGCUUCUUUGUUUGAUUUACAAAUGAUGUUUCUUUUUUUGUCUGUUUGCUUUUCUCAGUGAGGCUUCUUGACAGCCACACAUCCUUUUUAGACCCUUAGCACUGAAUUGUCUUCUAACAGUGGAAGGAUGGACAGAAUUACCUAUGUAUUUUUUUCAUAUCUGAAGCAAUCUUCAAAGAGGAAAGCUUUCAAUACUGUUUAUGUGGUCUCUUAGGUCUUGCAUGGUUGUAAGGAGUCCUAUUACUUUAAAAUUUCUAAACAAACUCUUGUCUUGUUAUAUAUUUUUAUUAGUGGAUAGCGUUGUAUCUUGCCUCCUCAGAAAUAUCUCCUGAAAAUGUUUUAACCUGUACUUAAUAGCUGUUUUGGCUGGAAAUUAAGUAAAAGAAGGGUGGUUUCUUAAUUUCAUACCGUACAGUAGAUAACAAUAAAUGACAGCUAGUGAACAAGACUAAGGUCUUAUCUUCAUAAUGCUAACUAGCCCCAACUAUCUCUCAUUUAUUAUUAGCAACAUUAGCGUUUUGGGUGAAGUAUUUCUCUAAGCACACUACCAGUCAUCACACUGUCCAGUCUCUGUAUGACCUCAGACCAGCUGCAUUGUGUGAGAGCGUGUGCGGCCUGCAUGUGCAAUACAUCAUGUGAGCGUAUGACUGAGACUUUGUAAAUAAGGUGUAGUGGUGUUGGGUAAGGCGCGUUGUGGUGCGAUUUGUAUCAGACACCAGUGUUGCCUGUUGGUAAAUAUCAGCAGUCUUGCUCAGAUAGGACCUUCAAAGAAUUGCUGACUUGUUUAGAUAAUUUUGUGGUCACUUACUUUUAUAAAGUAGCAUCUUUUUAAAAAUUUUUACUUAUUACAUCAUUUUCCCCUUACAUACCACAGCAGACACAAUAGAAGAAAAAAUGGAAAGUAUCCUCUAUUCAAAAUCAUUCCAGUGCUGUUGCCAUGGGAACCUCAGAUCGUCCUGCCACCCGUCCAACUAGCAGAGCAGCACAAAGGGAAUGCAGCCCCUUCUGUGUUUAUGUAACCUGAUUAAUACAUGCCUGCUCUAUCACAUCCUCUUCAUUUUACAGCCACUGAUCAAUUAGGGCCGUAAAUGCAGCCAGUCCACCCUCUUGCAUUCUGGAGAGCACAGUAUAUAAUAAAGCUUUGGAGGAGGGUGUUGUUUUUCUGUGGGGGAGUGGUUCUGGAGCCUCACUUUAAGCCUGCCAACAUGAAAGAUCUCAGCAAGCUAUCCGAGCUGCAUCUCUAAAGGUUUUAACAAAGCCUUUUUCUGCUAUUGCAGAGAUUCACCGAGGAACUCUAGCAAGUGCUCAAGCACAGGCAUUUUGAAGCUCUAGUAAUAUUGGAGAUCUAAAAAUCCAUGCCCCGAAAUGGCUUCUGUUUAAAAAACGUCAUGCCAUGUGCCCUUGUUUAACUUCUCUAUGCAUCAAAUAGCUCUAGUUGACAGUUGUGUAUUGUUUACAUUGUGGAUUAUCAGCACAAAAUCGUCUGUUGUGAUGGCACUGCUGGUUUUUUGGGGGGUUUUUUUGGAGUCUAAAUUUAAAAACUAUUGCCACCCUCUUAUUUCUGGGGACUGUUUGGGUUACUUAGAUGGCGGUUAGUUUAGUGGAGGACUAGUGAAUGUUGAACAGAUUUGAAUAUUCUUUGGAAAAUCCUUGGAAAAACAACGAGCACCUGACUAGUUUAUAGAGGGGAUGGGUUUAAAUCGUUAAACAAAACUGUAGCAGCAGCUUCUAGCUGCAGGAGGGAGACGAAGGGAUGGUCCGAGUCGUGUUGCGGGAUCUAAAGCUGUGUGCGAGAUGCUCUUAGUGAAUGUCUGAACAUAAUAAAUGAGUUGUGAUCUAACGUGAGCAUGUAAACAAAUGAUAGAGAAGCACACACAAGUCACACGUUCACCACCAACACAAAUACACGAACACUGCUGUCUGACCUAAACCAAGACUCCAGACCUGUAAAUAAAAAGCAGUGCAUGUUGGGAAAGAUCUCUUUUGUGCCAGCAUGUGUCUUUGACGUGAUUUCCAAUUGUUGUCUUUUAUUUAUUUAUUUGUUUAUUUUGAUAUUUGGGUAUUAUUUUCUAUUUUUGAAAGGCUUGUGAAUAUAUAAAUAUGUAUUACUGAUGUGUAGUGAUACAGAGUACUAGCAUGAGAGACUUUUUUUAUACACAGAUGUUUAUAAUUUUUGUUUUUCUAAAUAUGAUUGUUCUUAAAUGGGGAUGAAGGUGAAACUAAUAGCAUUUUUGCUGUGUUUCUACUUAAAUGGUUAUGAAUACUAAAUAAAUGGCUAUAAAAUCA